CUCGGGCCAGCAGCCACCGCCAGCCCAGCCACCGCUGCCGCCCGCGCUCGCCACCCCCCGGGUCCCCACUAGCGGCCGCCUCCGCCUCCCAUCUCCGGCCCCGUUCCUCCGGCCCCCCGCCCCGGGCAGGGUCUGGGGGGCUAGGCCCUCUGCCCCGGGGAGCAAAGAAGGGGGUCCCGUCCCCCACAGUGGCGCGGCCAGUCCCCCGGCCUCCGUAAUCUUGAGAGAGACCCCACCCCUCAGUUCUCUCUGGGCCCUAUCCGAGACCCCUUUUUCCUUCCCGUCCCGCUCACAUCCGCUCUCCAGGCUCUGUCAGCCCCCCAGAAGCAGCUCCCUCCCUCCUCCCCUCUCCGGGGUUCCCCCUCCCCCAUCCCUCCGCCACCGCCCCCUCCCCCUCCCACAUCCCCUUCCCUCCCCCUCCCUCUCCCCCGUCCCCCCGCCCCCCCCACCAUGAGGAUGAUGGCCGCCGGCGCGGUGCACGGCCUCUUCACGGCCUCCGCGGCCCCGCAGCCGCCGCCGCCCCCGCCGCCGCCGCCGCCGCAACCCCAGCCUCCCCAGCAGCCGUCGCCGCCGCCACAGCAGCCGCCGCCGCCGCCGCCGCAGCCGCCGCAGCAGCAGCAGCCGCCGCCCCAGGCCCCCCCCAUGGAGCCCGAGGCCCCGGAUUCCCGCAAAAGGCCCCUCGAAACGCCCCCCGAGGUGGUCUGCACCAAGCGCAGCAACACGGGAGAGGAAGGCGAAUACUUCCUGAAGGUGCUGAUCCCCAGCUACGCGGCGGGCUCCAUCAUUGGCAAGGGCGGGCAGACCAUCGUGCAGCUGCAGAAGGAGACGGGAGCUACCAUCAAGCUCUCCAAGUCCAAAGACUUCUAUCCGGGAACCACAGAGCGAGUAUGCCUGGUACAGGGCACGGCAGAGGCCUUGAAUGCUGUGCACAGCUUUAUUGCCGAGAAGGUCCGAGAAAUCCCACAAGCGAUGACCAAGCCCGAGGUGGUCAAUAUCCUUCAACCCCAAACCACAAUGAAUCCUGACAGAGCCAAGCAGGCCAAGCUGAUCGUCCCCAACAGCACGGCGGGCCUGAUCAUAGGCAAGGGGGGCGCGACAGUGAAAGCCGUGAUGGAACAGUCGGGUGCUUGGGUGCAGCUGUCCCAGAAGCCGGAGGGCAUCAACCUGCAGGAGCGCGUGGUGACGGUCAGCGGCGAACCGGAGCAGGUGCACAAGGCCGUGAGCGCCAUCGUGCAGAAGGUACAGGAAGAUCCCCAGAGCAGCAGCUGCCUGAAUAUCAGCUACGCCAACGUGGCUGGCCCUGUGGCCAACUCCAACCCCACCGGCUCGCCGUACGCCAGCCCCGCGGAUGUGCUGCCCGCCGCUGCCGCCGCCUCGGCCGCUGCCGCCUCUGGCCUGCUGGGCCCGGCGGGGUUGGCGGGCGUGGGAGCCUUUCCUGCCGCCCUGCCUGCCUUCUCGGGCACCGACCUGCUGGCCAUCAGCACGGCGCUUAACACGCUGGCCAGUUACGGCUACAACACCAACUCCCUCGGCCUGGGCCUCAACUCGGCCGCAGCCUCUGGGGUCCUGGCCGCUGUGGCCGCCGGUGCCAACCCUGCCGCUGCCGCCGCCGCCAAUCUCCUGGCAUCCUACGCCGGGGAAGCAGGGGCCGGGCCAGCGGGCGGAGCUGCUCCACCCCCACCCCCGCCACCUGGAGCCCUGGGGUCCUUCGCCUUGGCCGCGGCCGCCAACGGCUACCUCGGGGCCGGGGCGGGCGGCGGGGCGGGCGGAGGGGGUGGCCCGCUGGUGGCCGCGGCAGCCGCAGCGGGGGCGGCUGGGGGCUUCCUGACGGCGGAGAAGUUGGCGGCUGAGAGCGCCAAGGAGCUGGUGGAGAUUGCGGUGCCUGAGAACCUGGUGGGAGCCAUCCUGGGCAAGGGGGGCAAGACGUUGGUGGAGUACCAGGAGCUGACAGGCGCCCGCAUCCAGAUCUCCAAGAAGGGAGAGUUCCUGCCAGGCACGCGGAACCGGCGGGUCACCAUCACCGGCAGCCCCGCGGCCACGCAAGCCGCUCAAUACCUCAUCAGCCAGCGGGUCACCUACGAGCAGGGAGUGAGGGCCUCAAACCCCCAGAAAGUGGGAUGAGGCCAGUGGUGUGUGCUCCCACCCGGCUCCCUGUCCCUCCUUUUCCUCCCCCUCCCCCUCCUUCUCCCCCCUCCCCUGCCCCCCAACUCCUGACCUCAGCUCGGUAGAGUCCUGCUCCUCUUGGGAUGGGGCUGGGGUAGGCCUGACUGCACCCCCCCUUUCUGGUAGUCAUAGGCAGGAUUGAGUGAUGGCUGGGGAUGGGGCCCAGAAGCUCCCUCCCCAGCCCUGAACUGACCCCUUCUUCCUUCCUCCCUAUGCUUGACUGGGCCUGACCCUCCUCUCCCAGGGCCCAGGUCUGUGUGAUAUCUGUAUAUAUUGCAUUUUGUUGAUUUUAAUAGAAAACAAAGCGUUAUUUUCUCUUUCUUUCCCUCCUUUUUUUCCCCUCCUUUGAUAAGGAUUUCCCCCCCGCCCCUUUAUAAGUUUUUGUUUCCAUAUGGGAGGAGGGGAGGGAGCCUCUGGGUCACCUAGAAAGAGGGGCUGCCCCAAAACAACACCCCGCCUCUCCUGCUUUCAGCUCCGGAUCUGAGGGACCUGAUGGGAGCAGAGGUAGCAGAGGAGUCUGAGUUGAAGUGGGGCAUUUGGAGCAGGGACCUCAGAGUUCCCAGAUUUUCUCAGCUACUCUCCCCUCACUGAAGUUGCCCCUCCUAGGUGGGACUUUUCACUUUUUUGUUGUCAGGUUGUAUGGGGGGAGGGGUGCGGUGCUGCUGGGAAUGAGGCCGGCUCUGGGAUUGGGCCAGUCCGGUGGGCAAGGCUCUGGCACAAGGCUGGAACAACUUCCUAUGGCAUCUCCUAUGGUUUUUCCUUGAGUAAUGGGCAUGAAGGUCCCUGUCGUGCUGUCACUGAGUCAAGUACUUUCUGGGGUGCUUCUGGCACUCCCUAUGAUGUCACAGGAAGUAGUUCCCUGGAGGUCACUUCCUGUGAUGAUAGGAGAGACAGGUACUUCCUAUGAUGUCUCAAUGAGCCUUCCUGGAAGGUUACUUCAUGAUAUCAUGGGGGCGUGUACUUCCUGUGGUGUCUCCAGGUUACUUCCUAUGAUGUCACCAGGGUGAGGCAUGCACUUCCCGUAUCAGGCCAUGGCCAGUCACUGAUCCUCCUUCUCUACCCACACCGCUCUUUGGUGGGUCUUGGCCUGGCGGUCUUCCUAGGAGGAGAAUAAGGGGUGGGAGUUGGAUCUAAUCUGGAGGACUCUAAGGAAGAUGACCCACUAUUGUCAGGGUCAUCUCCAUGCAAAUGUACCAAGUCUGAACUCACCUGGCAGGGAGGGGGUGGGAGAUGGAGCUGGUGAAAACUGUUAAAGACCCUCAUUCCCACCCCUGCCUUUUGUGUGCAUGCUUGUGUCUGUGUGGCUUUGUUUCAUUAAGUCUGGUGGGCCAAAUGUAUGGUGGCUCUGUCAGGCCACGGUGGCCCAGGUGUAUUCAGUGAGCCAUGGUAGGGUCCCUUGAGCCGGAAUGCUUCGUGUAGUCUAAUGCAUUAGUUGACUUGUGGUUUCCAGCAAGCUGGAGUACUUUGGUGGUAUCUGAUGGAUUGGAAUGUUUUGGUGCUCUCACCAGGCUCUGAGGAUCUAGAAUGUUCUAAUGGAGUUUGCCAAGCCAGGCAGCCCUGAGAGUUGGUUUGAGAGUGGCUCCCUGGGCACUGCGGCUGUGAUCAGCUCUAAGGCCUUGCUGGCAGGCUGAGAUGUCGGGGCCUGACAACCCCAUGGACUUAGGAUAGCUGAGACCCACUUCUACCCCCAUCCAUCUCCCCCUCCCCGCUGGAGACCACCUCCACUUCCUCCAACCCAAGGCAGGGCCUCCCAGUGCCCUGGUUCCAUCAUCAGCAUCUCUGGGGGAGGGGCACCCCAUGCCCACCCUCUCCCCCAAUUGUCCCCCUCCUAGGUCUUCCAGACCCUUCUCUUCUCCAUGGCUUUGGGGGAAUCCAGCCUCCUCGUCUCUCUCCCAGCAAAGGAGGGGAGAAAAGCCAGAAACAAUUCCCACCCCUAAAGCCUGGGAGACCCCUGCCCCUUGCGAGAGAGCCACCCCCAAAUCAAAAUGUGAAAAUCCCUAGAAAGCAAUAGCCUUCAAGGUACCUUGCACUGAAUUUCCCACCCCAGCCCUUCCACCUGAUGGGAGGCUGUAGCUUGGGCACUAGGGUGACUUUUUCCCUGCCCUCUUCAUCUCCAGGGUGGGGGGCAGGCCCCAUUUCCCCAUCCCUCACCUCCCAUCGCUGCUGCCCUCACCCCUAAUCUCCAGACUGAACCCAGAUGGAGAUUUGAGUGCCAAAACAAUUCUUGAUGUAACUUUGUACAUAUCUUCUGCAGUUGGGGGCUCUUGGGGCUGGAGGUGGAGGUGGCCCUAUGGGCCACUGCUCCCCUCCACCUCUCAAAAGACCUUACAGUAUUUCACAACAUCUCCACCCACAUGUGGGUAUUGCAGUAUCUAGCUGGACUAUCCCCACCUACAACUCCCCGAGCCGCCAUAAGGAGGGGAAGGAGCCAGGGAGAGGUGAAGUAAGGUCUGGGAGUGGGGAGGUGGGAUUUGAAAGCACUCAUUUGCAUCCACAGCUGCCUUCCGGCUUGUCAGAUGCUUUCUGUAGACCUAUUUCUGGGUCCCAGUCAGUGGGGUCCAGUACUCUUCUCACACAGACACGUCUCUGGAGGCUGGGCCUCCUGAAAAGUGUUCCCUUGGUGUAUCUGUGUGACAGCCCCCUCCCUAUUCACAUUUUUCGGGGACCCCCUACCCCGCCAGCCAGGGCUAUCUGAAAGGUAGUUUGCUAGCUCAGUGAGCUAGUUCACUCACUAUGUUGGUGAGUGGAGAGCCACACACCUUUCCCCAUUUUACCUUAUGAAAUUCACUCUGUGGUCUUCCCCAUCCCUUGAAAGUACCUUCUGCAAUCUGACCUCAAUCUUCUGUGCUGCAGUUUGUCCAGAGGGGACGCAGAUGUGGGGUCAGGGAUGGGGAUCAUUGGAAAAUCCAUCACCUCUUUUUCUCUCCCCCUCUUCCCUGUUAGCCAGUCAGAUCUCAGAGACUCUGAGUGGCCUCCCUGCACCCUACUCUUCAGCACCCAGUAGGUGCUUAAUAAGUGUUUGCUGCAUUGAAUUGUCUUCUUGUUCUUUCCCAUUUGCCCUCCAACUCCCACCCACCCCCACCCUGCCACCAGCAUUUUCCUCUCUCUCUGGCUCCCUAUGACUUUCACUUUCUCUCCCUGUGGCUUCCGUUGUUACCUGUCCUGUCUCUAUCUUCGUCUAUGUCUGUCUUUUCCCUUUCCUCAACUCUCAACCCUCUCCCUUCUUCCAUUGCCCCAUUAAUUGAAAAAGAAAAGUGCCAAACUUCCUUGGAACUGAGCCGCUCUGGGGGGGAGGGAACCUCAGACAGAGGGGAGGAAAUGGGACCAUCUUCCUUUGAAGAGGCCCCUAAGAGGCAUUGAAAACGUCUGUGGACACUUAGCUCAAUUGCGUCCCCCUUCCUCACCCCUCCCGCCCCCGAGUUUUUCUUAGAAUCUUUGUAAGAAAAAAAAAAAGAGAAAAAAACUCUCCUUCAGCUAACCCCUAAUCUUUUGGAUUCCCCCCAAUUUCCACCAGCCGGGGAGAACCCCACUUGCCUCCUUCAGGCAAAUCUGUAGAAAUUGGGGAGGGGGAGACAAGCUCCACCCCUCCUCUGCUGUCCUGAGGGACAGUGCCAACUGGAUUCGAGAGAAGGACCUCAAAGCACUUAUGAGAAGAAGGGGUUCAAUGUGCCAAAUUCACCUCCUUCAUCCCCUGUCCCAGGGGGCUCUGAGCCAACCUGCCCCAGCCACCUUCUUCCGCCCUCUCCCAGCCAUCUCUACAUGGGCAAGGAGGCUUCACUGCAAUAAUUAUUAAGGGAUCAGAAGGCAAAGAUCGUGCCAUCUUUAUCUGCCCUAAUGCCUGCCCUGGCCUUGUAGGUGGGAAGUAUGGGUAUCCCAAAUGGAGUUUGGUUAAGAGUCGACUUAAUAGAUGGUUGCGGACCUAUACUUGGAAGAAUACGGUACCACUCUUCUCUGAGUGGUAUACCUUCUCCCCUUCUUAACCCGCAAAUCACUCAACAUCCCCUUGUUCCGUUUCUCCUGCCUAUUCCUCCAUCCCCCACCCUCUUUAUUUUGUUUCUGAUUGGUGGCCUACUGUUUGGAAAGUGAGAGGAUUCCCCUGCGUUGAGUAUUGCUCUGUCAAGACCAGGAUUAGACGUUGUGAUAGACUGAGAGGUGGAAAAAGUAUUGAGGAUAAGAGUGGCGAUGAGGAUGGCAUUUGGGGCUUCCAGGCUGCUGAUUGGGUGCACACCUAUCACCACAGCCAGGCAGGCCUUCGCUGUUGGCCACGCACCUGCCCCCCUGCCGUCUGGAACCCCAAGGCCGGCUGUCGCGAAAGCCUGAACUGGAUGUCACGAUGGGGAGAACGGGAUCGCGAUGCCCACGUUGGGGCACUGCGGGCCAGGGGCGCUGGUUUUACGGCUCUCGUGGAGUCGCGACACCCAGCCCGGCUAUCGCGAUCCCUCUCCACUGCAGUCAGCCGCCUGGACGCCGUAGUGGAGGAGGUUUCUUUCCGUGGCUCCGCUGCAGGUGUGUGUAUGGUCUCUGUGCCCUCCGCCCGUUGCGUGGGGGAUUGCUGGGUGGCAGGGAGGGAGAUGGGGAAAGUCUCGUUGAUGGCGAUGGGGGUGGUGAAGGCUGCUGCUUUUUAAACCCUUCUCAGCCAGUCCAGGACGCUCUUGUCUCCCAGAGAUAAUUGGGUGGGACCGCCUAAUCCCCUCCCCUCCCCGCUUCUCCUCUCCUCCCCCACCCCCAAAACCACCAACCUCUCAUCUUCUAAGUGACUCCAUCACCACCGGCCACCGGGACCUGCGGCUUCAUUGCUCCAGCCCGCCCCACUCGACCGUCAGACUCGCUCAUCGAACUCUUUCUGAUUAACCCUUUCUGUGUUCAUCCCACGGAAAACUGUGUGUCCGGCGUGGGGGAGGGGGGAGGCGAGGGGCAAUAGCUACCUUUCCUCCAUCGCCUCCCACCGCCCAUGCCUCCCCACCCGCACCCCAUCCCAUGCCCCACCCCCAUCCCUCACCCCGAAGGUCCUCCCCGGCCUGGGGAUAGAGACCCUUUAUAAAUAUCUAUGCUGUUUGGCUUUGUCCCUUUCAAAGGCAGGGUCAGGGGUGUGGCCUGCUCCAAGUGGAGAGCUCACUCUGGCCCCACUCCUUUCUGUGCCCCCCCACUCCCCACCCCUUCAUUGUAAAUAGUCACUUUUGUACUGGUUUGAGCCAGGGGACGUGGGGAAUCAUUUUUUUUUCUUUCUUUGUGUUGGCAUCUCAGGCCACUGGAGGCAUGGCCCACAUCCCAGCUUGAUUUGGGAGAAUCCCAAGAUGUGUCCCCUCACCUGCCCCCAAUGCUGAGGAUUUCAAGAUAUCAGAAUUACUCCUAAAGGGAUGGGGUGCACAGAUCCCCUGGCAGGGAGGUGGGAGAUGUGUGAAAAGGUGUAGCCUGAAAGGAUGACUCAGUUUUUCCCAUCUGUGAAAUGGGUUCGUCCUCCAAGUUCCCUCAGGAGCCUCAGUGAGAUAAUGGUGGAGUCAGAGGAGUUAGAAUCUCUUUCCGCUUUCUCUGUUUGGGACAGAUAGGGUAGGAGAAGAAUGGGGGUGGUGGGUAGGACUGUCUUUGGAGAGCUGAUUGCUAAAUCCUUAUUAGGACCUCAAGCUAGCUUCUCCCGGGCUUGUUCUCUCUCUUGGAAAAUGGAGGGAACUGGAGGACCUCUAAGGCUCCUUGGGUACCCCCAGUCCUUAGAUUCAAAGCCUGAAGCCCAGGGCUGGCCCCCUGCCUGCUGCCCCUCUCCCACAUUCCACUUCUUGGCCCCAGACCAUCUGCCAUGUGGCCAUGCCUCCAGUGCCUCCAUUCAACCCCCUCUAACUGAUUCCUUCCAUCCUCUGCGACCAGAGACGCCGCCCACCUCCCACCCACCACCUCCAGAAGCUCCUGGCUGGGGCCCACUGCCCUCUCCUCUCUCCUCCCCCCAUUGCCAUGCCUGGGCCAUGCCCACCUCCCCACCCCACCCCCAGUGUCCGUCGUGUGACCUAGUGCACCAUGUAUUAGCUUCCAUGGCCCCCCCCGGCCCCCACCACACCCCUUCCCCCACCCCCUCUCCCUCGGCGACUUCACCUUUUUUUGCCGCGAUAAACGCCAUCUCAGCAUCUGUGUCUAAUGUUGUCUUUUUUGCUUGACAUCACACACUCCUUCUUAACCCAUCCCCUUCCCUCU